UUGCAAAGUGUCUGUUUUUUGAGUGUCGUCUGGUUGUCGACCAGACUUGUGUACAUUUUGUAACAAUAGUUUAUUUGCGAUUAUUCGUCAAAUUAUCGUGUUUAGGAGUCGUGUCGCCACUAAUUUCAUUUGAACACAUGUUUUAAAAAUGCAGAAGUUUCCAUCAACAUGGUCUACUAAACUAAAUAGCGCUAAUUUUAAGAUUACUAGAGGUUUUGCAUUUGCGGCCGGUGCAGGUGCCUCCGUGUUGUGCGGUUCUUUUAUUGUUGCUGCUAAUACUGUCGCUUUGAGUUGGUCUCGUAGUUACUGUCAAGCUAAGAGGAAUGAUGUUCCACUUGUCCCUACCCCUGAACUGAGGGAUUUGGCAGAGAAUGUCAUGGAGGACUUUCAGUUGUCAAAAUCAGAAGCAGCUUCAGUCAAUCUAUUUUGCUCAUCGCUGGGAACUUUAGAUGUAUUUGGGUCGAUCACUUCACGCUUUGGUGCUCUCAUAGGUUUACCUUCAUUUCUUCUUUCAAAAUCAACGGAGGAAGUUGUCUUUAAUUAUCGUCUGGAUCCGUCUCUUACGAAGGAAGAAAUGGAAAUUCAAGAGGCCACAUAUAGGGAGAACUCUCUGAUGAGCGACAGUGCAAAACGCUACAUUAUUGCAGAGGGACUAGGUUCAGUGCAAAACAGCUACCAUUUUAUUAUACCAGCUGCUUUUGCAUCCCUUGGAACUGCUCUAACAUUAGGUGGCACAUCAUUUAUGAUUCGUAGAUUAAAUCUUCACAUGUACUCUUUUCUCCACAGAAAUUUUUUGUAUACUAUUACAUGUUCUGCAUUCUGUGUUAUUGCUCUUUCUGCUUUAAACAAGUUUAAUGAAUAUAAUUUGAGAAAUACUGUCAGAAGGCUUGACAAGGAAUAUAUUGAUGGAGGUAUUGAGUAUUACGAGAAGUUACUUGCUCGUGCUGCUGUUGUAGACAAUUAUUGUUACAUAUCUCUCUCUGAUAACAUAGAUGUUUGGAUGCUGAUAGGUAAUUUCACACGCAAACUGGAGGUACUCACUAAGAGGAAAGAAGAGUUUUCCGAAGAUUAGAGGGGGAUUAAAAAUACUUCCAGUAAAGCUCUUUAACGGUCCAUGUAGUGUUGUGGACACGUGAUUUCUUUAUUCAUUCACCACCACUGUAUGUAUUGGAAAAUUUAUGUAUAAAUAAGUUGUAAAGCAUAUUAAGUAUUUUAAUAAAAUGUAUUUAUAACUUUA